CCAUGGAUCACUCUUCAAUAGUAACAAGGUAAUCUGUUCACUUCAAGUCUUUCAAACUUUAACCCCGCUUUGAAAGUCUAGUCACCGCAAACCUCAGGCGCAAUCUAAAUCCAUCUAACAUUUCUAUCUCCCGUCACUCUUCUUUUCCUUCAAGUCUCUAUCAAUCAUCAUGGGCAAAGAGAAAGACGAAUAUCAGCCACCUUCAGGACCUCCCCCAGGCAAACUGAAGUCCAACAACCCGUGGUACAAACGAAUAGGUCACUCUUCAAAUCGCCAGCAGGAGGAGAACUCACAAGCCUACACGCCUCCAGCAUCAUACGCUCCUCCGCAAGCAUAUGGUUCAUCACAGGGAUAUCAACCCCCAUCAGGACCUCCGCCGUCACAUAAAGGCGCGUCAGUACCCAGCUACGCUGCUCCACCAGGGCCACCUCCGUCGAUGUCAUACGCUCCGCCCCCAGGACCGCCUCCAAACAUGUCUUCUGAGGAGCCCCCGCCCUACCACGACUGGACCAUCAUCCCAGACAACUCCCUCCUCCCACCACCCCCAAGCAUCGGCUACGACGCCUCCCCAACCGCCAACGCCAGCAGCGACGAAGGCGAAGCCGCCUACAUCUGGUGCCAACGGAACCCCCUCUACCCCCCGGGCACCUUCACGCAAGAACACCACAACUUCAUCCAGUCCGGUCAACUCACCUUACUCCGCCCUCCAACCCUCCAGGGCGAUCUCCUUUCCCAACAGCGCCCAGGACACUGGAAGUUCCGCACGAAACCCAAGUGCACGGAUUCCUGCCUCCUGACCUCCCUGCCGCUCUACUCCGCGCAGUGGGAUAGCCCUCUCCACACGCGCCGUUCCAAGACUAUCUACUUCGAGCUGCAGUUCAACACCAAGAGCGGACUCUGGCGCGAUCAGCACCCGGAGCCCGAGUUCGGCGUCUCGAUUGGCUUCGUCGCGCCUCCGUUUCCUACGUUCCGCUUGCCGGGGUGGCAGCGUGGGAGUCUGGGCGUACAUGGCGACGACGGACAUCGAUACGUGAACGACACGUUUGGCGGCAGCGAUUUUACGACUCCAUUCCUGCCUGGUCAACGCUUAGGCAUCGGGAUUACGUUCUCACCGCCGCAGAAGCCGCCGGGGUACGAAGACCGCGGGGCGAGUGGGAAGCUGGAUAUCAGAGUCUUCUUCACGCGGAACGGGGUGGAGGCAGGCAGUUGGGAUGGGACGGAGGAGCUGGAUCAGCGCAGUGAGGGGGGAACGGUGGGGUUGGUUGGAGACUGUGAUUUGUUUGCGGCGGUAGGCGUGUUUGGGGGAGUGGAUUGCGAUGUGUUCUUUGCGGAGCAGGAUUGGCGGUAUAGGAUAGGUUGAGUGUGGGGAAUCGAGAGAGUGGACUGUGGUGGAGAUGGGGUGGUUGGGAUAUACCUGAUAGAUGAGUCCGUAAUGGGAGGAGUUCCUCAAACACUUGAGAUAGCCACACCAUGCUGCUAAUUUACAACACUUGACUCAA